AGCAGUGUUCAAAUGCAAACUGGACGAUACUAUGGCAGGGGAUGGUUUGUGUGGGAAAGUUCACAGCCGCACACCUUACCUGUGGCAGAUCUGGAGUAGAGACCAGUGGAGCUCUCUCCCCCAAAAUGAGGAAAUAGAUCAAGACCACUGCAACCCUGCCAAAACAAAACAUGACAUACACUGCAACAGAGCAUCACCUGUUAUCCCGGAUCACUGGGACCCUCAUCUAUUGCCUCCAGUAGGAUAUGAGAGAAUCAAGCUGGACACAGCGUCUCCAGAAUACUCCAAUGUCCUCAAUGCCUUUGAUAAAACCAUGGCAGGGUGUAACAUUUUAAGCAUCGAGAGAAUACAGAAUAUAGCUUUGUGGAAAUGUUUCAAGUUGCAGAAGGAUGAUAUGGAAAUCAAAGCUGGGAGGGAUGUCCCUGAGAUAUUUCUCUUCCAUGGGACUAAAUCGGAGUAUGUGGACGCUAUCGGCCGUGAAAACAUAGACUGGAGGGUGUGUGGAGAGAAUGAAACCAGAUAUGGCAGAGGAUCUUAUUUUGCCCAAGAUGCAGUGCACUUUCAGCAAUACGCCAAUUUGCCUGGAACACGAUCCAUGUUCGUUUGCAGGAUUUUGGUGGGAGACUUCACAUUAGGACAUCCAGAUUACAACCAGCCUCCUUUCAAAGAUGAGGAAAAAACGGCAGCCUUUGAUAGCUGUGUGGAUAAGAUACAGAACCCUAGUAUAUGUGUCGUUUUUGAGAAGAAUCAGAUUUACCCCGAGUAUCUUAUUCAGUAUGAACAACCUGAUGAUCAGGUAGCACCCCAAGCUCAAGUCCCACAGCCUGUUGAAAUAGUGCCUCUUAUUCCGGUAUCUGUUGUGACUCAAGUCCCACAGCCUGCUCAAGUGGCGCGUUCAGUUCAGUUAACCGCUGCGGCACAACUCCCAGCUGUUUCCCCUCAAGAGUCACCACCCGAGUCAGACUGCUGUGACAGUUGUAGGACGUGUUGCGUGGGUUUUUCUUGCGUUCUUUUGUUUUGCUGCUGCGGCUGCUGCCUUUGGUGUUUUAUUAAAUUAUGAAUAUGUUAAAUUAUGACAUGUUAAACAACAGUAUUUAUUGUUUUAUGUGUUUCAGUUUAACAUGCCAUUAUGCCCAUAUUCAAGUUUGUAAAAGUGUGGUUGUGUGUAUACUUCCAUGUUUAUGUGUGUGUG